AUGGGCGCAGCAUGCGACAGCAAACCCAAUGCGACAAAGGACGAGACAGUGUCCCUGUCGCAAUCAUUAUUCACAUUGACAUCGACUUCCCCUUCCUCCUUUCCGUCCUCAUCCCCCUCCGCAACUUCAAGCUCAAAACUCAGCUCGGGGGCCAAGAUUGGAAUUGGAGUCGGCGUCGGCGUCGGAGUCGCAGCAUUGGGUGUGAUGGCUGGUAUCGUGUGGUUCUGCAUGAGACGUCGCCGUGCUCAAACGCAAUCUGAGUCAUAUAUGGAUUCACCGGAUACGCAGUCUUAUGGUGGACUCGGUACGCAACAGAGCUAUGCUGAGGGACCCAAGUCGUCGGCCGUGGACUCUGAACAGACUUACGUGCCGGAGCUUUCGACUACUGAACACAAGGAGCAACCGCCUGCUGAAUUGAGCGGAAAGCAAGUUGUGGCAGAGUUGCCCAUAUGA